UGAAUCGACUAGUGUGUGCAGAUAGCGAGAGUGGCGCGCGAUCGUGCGUAUAUUUACUACAGAAGGGGAAUUUUGGGGAGAAAACGCCCGCCCCGAGUGACCCCCUCCGCCCCAUCCCUGCAGCCCCGCGGCGCGCCCGUCGCGAUCGAACGCGGCACAGCACAACCGCUGCAAGCUCACUACGGCCGCAUUGGGCGCGGCGCUACAACUUGCAUACAAUAUACGUCAUGGAGCUGAAGGGGAAGGUCGCCUUGGUCACGGGAGCCGCAGCCGGCAUCGGCCUCGCCUACUGCGAGGAACUUCUCAAGCAAGGCGCCAAGGUUUCCUUGUGCGAUAUCGAUUCUGAAAUCGGAGAGCAGGUAUCGGAUGAGCUCGGAGUCAAGUAUGGCAGGAAGAACGUGCUCUUCUGCCAGUGUGACGUCACAGACUACCCACAAUAUGAGGAGGCGUUUGAGAUGACAAUAAAAGUGUUUAAUAGACUGGAUAUAGUUAUAAACAAUGCAGGAGUUAUGAACGAUCGAUUUUGGGAAUUAGAAGUCGACGUUAAUUUGAAUGGAGUUAUCCGUGGCACACUGUUGGCGUACCGCUUCAUGGGCAAAGACCGCGGCGGCCAAGGCGGGACCAUUAUAAACACAGCAUCAACUGCGUUCGCGAGACCACAGGUCUCUACACCCAUCUACACGGCGACUAACUACGCUGUGGUUGGUCUCACACGUGCAUAUGGGGAUCAGUACCACGUGGGGUUGACGGGCGUACGCAGUAUGGCGCUGUGCCCCGGACUCACUGACACCGGCCUCGUCAAGGAGAUCCGCAAGCAGCUCAUGUCUUCCGAGUACGAGGCCGCCUGGCAACGAGAUCAUGUCAACUGCAAGACUCAGAGCCCAGAACAUGUUGGUAGAGCACUCAUAGAAUUAUUAAUGAAGGGACAAAGUGGAUCUGUGUGGGUGGUCGAAAAUGGUCAGCCGCCUAGAGAAUGGCGCGGCUAACUCCAGCGAACCUGGCAACAUUGCGUAUAUCGAUAUGCGGCAUAUCACAAAACACGCUCCAAAUUACAAUGCAGAAAUAAUUGGGAAAUUGAACCAUACGCUUAUAGGAAUAAAGCUAAGCAAUCUGUUUCUCAUACAUAAACGCUUUUUAAUUUAUAUAAUUCUAGACAUUUUCAUUUUUGUCUAUCGCCACUUCUCAUUAUAAUGUACAUACAGUAUAGUGAACC